UUUCUUUUUGCAAACAUAUAUGAACAUUCAUGUCACAAAAUUUUCUUCUCAUUCACAUGCUAACAAUAUGGGCAAUUCAUUAGCGUGUUUCUCUAACAAAAAUCAAACCAAAAAAAUUAGAAAAAUCAACAAAAACAGCACAAUUCGUAGUAGUCGAUCAUCUAAUGGUCGUGUUUGUCAUUCUGUUCCACCUCCUCCAUGUAUCUCAAGAUCAACUAGUCGAAAAUCAGAUAGAAUUUAUCCAAAUUCUACGAGAAUUAUCGAUCAUCAUGAAGGUAACAAUAAUUAUUUUGAUGGUGAUAAUAUCACUAGAAGAUCAUCUAAUGGUCGUGCUCAUCAUUCUGUUCCACCUCCUUCAUGUAUCUCAAGAUCAACUAGUCGAAAAUCUUCGAGAACUAUUGACCAUGAAGGUAAUAAUUUUGAUGGUGAUAAUUAUAUUCGAGAACAGGCUCGUGUUGCAGCAACACUGCUAUUGCAACAUCAUCAGCAAAACGGAACGCUCAGUCAAUUUGAACGUUCCGUUUCUCUAAAAGAUACUUUAACUUGUUCUUCAAGGAGGCAAACUAGAAAUAUUAUGCCUAGAACUCGUGCUAGAUCACUAUCUGAUUCAUUUCCUCAACAUCUCGACUUUCAUCAUCAGGGUACAAAUGUUGAAGAUUUGAAGAACAAACAUUUUGUUCUAGUACAUGGAGGUGGUUUUGGUGCAUGGUGUUGGUACAAAACUACAACACUUCUCAAAGAAUCCGGAUAUCAAGUUGAUGCAAUUGACUUAACUGGUUCUGGUGCACAUUUUUUUGAUUCCAACAACAUUACUACAAUGUCUCAAUAUGUUAAACCCCUCACUGAUUUCAUCGAAAAAAUCGACUAUGAUAAAAAGGUUAUAUUAGUCGGGCACGAUAUAGGGGGAGCUUGCAUUUCUUAUGCAAUGGAAUUGUAUCCAUCAAAAGUGUCUGCAGCAAUUUUUGUUGCCGCAGCAAUGCUGAAGAGUGGACAGAGUACACUCGAUAUAUUCUCCGUACAGCUUGGAUUGAACAACCUAUGUCAACGCGCUCAUAUUUUUCGCUAUGCAAAUGGGAAGAAUAAUCCUCCAACUGCUAUAGAUUAUGACAAGUCAUUGCUCAAAGAAGUAUUAUUCAAUCAAACUCCUGCUAAGGAUGUUGAAUUAGCAUCAGUAUCAAUGAGGCAAGUUCCUUUUGGACCAUUAACAGAGAAACUUUCACUUUCUACAACAAAUUAUGGUUCUAUUCCAAGAUUCUAUGUCAAAACACGAGAUGAUUUUGCAAUUCCUGCAUCUCUUCAAGAAGUCAUGAUAGAUACAAAUCAACCUGAACAAGUUUUCCAGAUUAAAGGUUCCGAUCAUUCGCCUUUUUUGUCGAAACCUCAAGCUCUCCACAAGAUUUUAGUAGAAAUUUCCAACAUUCCUUCAAAAAUGAAUCUCAAAACCAUAUAAACAAGGUUGAACCUAUCGACAGACACCUAAAGUUGGUACUAUCUUUCACUUAGAUACCACAACUAAGACUUGCACCAUUUAAACACCCUAUAGUAGGAUCCCAUAUUCCAUUUUGACACUUUUCAUUGACUUGGCAACUCGUGUGAUUUUCACAUCAAGCAGGUGCGUGAAGAGCCUAAACAAACAAAGGUGUUUACGUGAAAGAUGAUGUCAACUUUAGCCAAGGCAUGUUCUUAUAUAAUGUACAUACCACAUACAUGAUCAUCACACACAAAUAUAGCAUAUAUAAGAUCUUUUUUGAGACUUCAUAAUUCACUUUGUUUAUAUUUUUUUGUCGGUUUGACUUCAUUAUUUUAUUUCUUUUUGUUGAAUGAGAUACCUUUCAAGAAUGGAAAAGUGAAUUUUUUUUCUUAUGUUACUAUGCAAAAUAUUUUGUUUAACCAUAUAAUUUAGUGAAUGAGACGAGGAAUGAGAAAAAUCUUGAUAAGAGUGUUUCCCUUUUAAUAAGAUUUACGCGGUAUAAAAUUCAAAUAUUAGUUGGAAACGUAAAAAUAAACACCGGAAAAUCAUAAGAAAUUCUGUGCGCUACAACUAGCAGCCCAUUAUAUACGUUGGGAGUUAAAAUUCGACUUCAGAAAGUGUUUUCACAUCAUCGACAGACAUUGAAGCAACUAAUGUCCCAUAUCGCCUUACAGAUAGUCCGAAAUCCUAUUUUAAUACAAUUCUCAAGUGCAAGUACACUAACUAGACCGCAAGACGAUGUGAAUGGGCUAGGGCCUGUUCAUUGGGUUAUGGCUCAGGAAAGUCCCCGGGCCUAUUCUGCAGAGAUGCAGGCUUGGAAACGAGUUAGCUUCGCGUGCUUUAGGAGUUCAAAUGGGCUGAGACGAGGUGGGGAGCCCAUGGACUCUUACAGGAAGUGAUAUUGGCCUGAUAAUAACAGUGAUUCACGUGGUCUGGUUUAAAAUUGGACUAACUUAACGGGGCUUAUGAUCUUGCGGUCGUCUUCUUU